GGCAGAUGAAACCGCCCUUUUCUCCUAUUAUAUACCUCCACAUUUCCUCACUUAUUUUUUUGUCCUUAACCAAAUAUUUCUACUACUACUACUACUUUAAUUUUCCCCUUUAUUUUUGCAUGCUUUUUAGUCAAACAAGAACCAAAAUGUGUUUACACACACAUUAAUCCUAAAUAAAUCCAACUUUUUUGAUCUAUUUUUCAUUUUACAUUCAAUAAAUAUGGCUCCAGAAAAUAAUAACUGGUUAUCUUUUUCUUUAUCUUCAAUGGAAAUGCUCAACUCAUCUUCUUCCUCUUCUAUGCUUCAAUCUUCUGCUCCGCCUCAUCAAUCUCAUCAAUACUAUUUUGCUGAUAACUUCUACCCACAUGGAUGGAUGAACGUUCCUAAAACACAUGAAUUAAUGUAUUCCGAAGGUGAAAAACAAAUAUAUCAUCCAAAUGUAUUUGUCGAUUCACAAAUAAUCCAGCAACACCACCACCACCCACCACCGAAGCUCGAAGAUUUUUUCGGCGGUGAAACGGAGACUCAGGACUCGUCGUCGUUAACUCACAUCUACGACCACCACCACCAUCAUCACGGCGUCGUUGGCGGCGGCGCCGGCGCCGGUGACGGCGGGUACUUCAAUGAUGGACGACAAGAUCUUAAUCAUAAUUAUUCAAUGGCGGUUGGUGGUUUUCAAACUUUGCCGACGAACUCGGGAUCGGAAGUUGAUGAUUCACAGGUCAUGGGGAGUGAGUUUGCUACUGAGUCCAGUAAUGAGUUGGGUUAUCCUCCGAUAAUUACUUUGGGUGUUAAUAAUAAUACAAAUUCAGAAAAAGCUAUAGUUACUGCUGUUAAUUCUGAGAGUUGUAAGAAAAUUACUGAUACUUUUGGUCAAAGAACUUCUAUUUACAGAGGGGUAACAAGGCAUAGGUGGACAGGAAGAUAUGAAGCUCAUCUAUGGGAUAAUAGUUGUAAGAGAGAAGGUCAAGCAAGAAAAGGGCGUCAAGUUUACUUAGGUGGAUAUGACAAGGAGGACAAAGCAGCAAGAUCUUAUGACUUGGCAGCUCUAAAGUAUUGGGGUACAACAGCCACGACCAAUUUCCCUGCUUCGGAUUAUACCAAAGAAAUAGAGGAAAUGAAGCACAUGACGAAGCAAGAAUUCAUCGCCUCCCUAAGAAGGAAAAGUAGUGGUUUCUCAAGAGGAGCUUCUAUGUAUCGCGGUGUGACAAGACAUCAUCAACAAGGCCGAUGGCAAGCAAGAAUCGGUCGUGUUGCAGGGAACAAGGAUCUGUACUUGGGAACAUUCGCUACAGAGGAGGAAGCAGCAGAAGCAUAUGACAUAGCAGCAAUCAAAUUCAGGGGAUUGAAUGCAGUGACAAAUUUCGAAAUGAACCGAUACGACGUUGAGGCCAUCAUGAAAAGUUCACUCCCGAUAGGCGGAGCAGCAAAACGCUUGAAGAUCUCUCUUGAAUCGGAGCAGAAACAGUCGUUGAACGAUACGUACCAGCAGACUCUACACAACAGUGUCAACAAUAGCAGCAGCAAUAACAGCAUCAAUUUCGGGGCGAUUUCCCCUGUUUCAGCUAUCCCCUGUGGACUGCCAUUCGACGCGAACCAACCUUAUUACCACCACAGCUUCUUCCCACACCUCCAGUACUCGAGCAACGACGGUGGUGCUUCAGAUCAUACUUCUGGUACAAUGCCAUUGCUUCCACCACCCGCGGAGAUCUUCAUCUGGCCGCAUCAGUCCUAUUAGAUUAGCGCGUUUAAGCAUAUUUGUUUAGGCUAAUUAAAAUUAACUUUCUGACUUUGCCAAAAAAGGAGUGUUAGCAUUGGCUUAUGAUUAACAAAUAUGUAGAAGGUGAAAAUAUCGUAAAGUAUCUCAUCUUCAACUGUUGCAGUAGUAGAUGCAUGUUGAUUAGGUACUUAGUGUCAUGGACUUAGACUUUCACUAACGCUCCGUGCUGGGUUGGGAGAUUAUUAUUGCAAACUCUUGUGGGAAAAUUUUGUUUGUCUUGUUUCCUUCAUAAUAUAGAGUUGCUA